UAAAUUAACAGCACACUUUAGGCAAAACUGUACAUUAGGACGUGUUCACUUCCACGUUUCUGUACAGUUCUAUAAAUAAACUUGACAUUUACUGUUUAUAAAUAAACCCGAUAUAUAUAGCCUACAUCAUGUAUAGACAUUCAUAUUACAUGUAACAGGGCAUAGAAACACCACUGGGAUUCAACUAAAGAUGUUGACUGACGCCAACAGAGCGGAGCUGGAGGAGAGGGGGUUCACCGUGAUCCCGGGGGUGCUGACAGAGCCCGAGUGUGACCGUCAUAUCGCCAAUUACCGGAAGUGGUUAUCGCAAUUCAAGGACGGCAACUGGCCGCCCAGUAAGGCCUCUCUCAUUAGCAGAUACAAUAUCGGGAACUUCGAAACAACGUGGGAAAUUCGACUAAAAACGAAAUCUGUUUUUGCCCAGGUUUGGGGAACAGAAAAACUUUUGACCAGCGUGGACGCCAUCGCGAUAGGACGGCCACCUGAAGACGGUGAGGAAGAGUUUGAAUCACCGGGGCAACACUGGCUGCAUACUGACCAAUCAGCAAGAAGGAAAGGACUACAUGCCUAUCAGGGUGGGGUGUAUUUAGAAACAACCGAUGAAGACGAUUGGACAUUUCAUUUGAUGGAAGGUUCUCACAAAUACCUCGGUGAAUUUUACGAACUAAACCCCAAAAGGGCGUUCAAAGGUACGGUAAAUGGAUAUUACUACUUGCGAGAUGAUGAUUACGAAUGGUUCAAAAACAAAGGCUGCAAAACUGUUCGACUUCCGGUGCCAAAAGGUGGAAUGGUAUUAUGGGACUCGCGACUAAUACACGCAAACGCAAAACCUAUGAGAAACCGACGUAAUCCCGGUAGAUGGCGCUAUACAAUCUUCUGCUGCAUGACGCCUGCAAUAUGGGCUACAAAGGACGAUUAUAUAGACAGAAAACUGGCUUUUGAAUCUGGAAGCAUGACAACACAUUGGCCUUCACAGGGAGUUCGUUUUUAUACAUCUUCUGCUCCCCCGUCAUUUGAUGACGACCCAAUAACCUUCCCAACAGAACUGCCACCGAUUGCUAGAUCGGAACAGGCGAAACUUCUGUGGGGCUACACACAGUAUGACUUUAAUGACGGACAGCCUAAUGGCCCGGACCAUGCCCCAGAGAUAGACCAGCAGUCCGUCUUUGUGACCAGGUUUCCGGGGACGCCGCCCACUUGCCAGCAGUCCUCUGGACGCCUGUUUAAGCGUAUUGUUUUCGUCGCCGCAGGAGUAUCGUUGUUUACGUUUGUUGUUUUUAGGUAUAUAAAACACAGAAACAAUUAACGGAAGACUCAUCAAUGGCGACACAUUAUCAUGUUUAAAUUAUGAAAAUAUAACUAAUUGUGAAGGAAUUCACUAUCAUCUUUAAGACAGCAAAUUACAAGUUUUAACAAAUCAAAAUUCGAGUCAGAUUUCAGCACACCAUUUUCAUUCAAA